AUGGAAUAUCACAAUGACUCGGCCUCUUCUGAUGGUACUGUGAUUUUGGUCGUGGCCGCGAUUGGGUUGUUUAGUGCCUUCACACUUAUAAUAUGCUUCUUGGCUAUUGCAAAACGCAGGGAGCGGGCCGAGAAUCAGAUCGAUGUAAGUUGUUAGUGUUGACUUUUUCAUUUUCCUUUAGAAUUUCCAAAGGAUAAUAUCUCCGGCUCGGAUGCCCCCUCCCCCACCCAGAUUCUCCACAUUGGAUCAGAAUCCUCGACCCCCCACUUCAAUUCCAAUAGACCCGAAUAUCUUUAUCAUCAAUUCCAAAUAUGAUUUCCGUCCUCCCAGCUACGAAGAGGCCGUUCAGUCAACGUCUAUGACAAUUGCAGUCAAUGCAACCUUGGAUGUUCGAUCUCCCACUGGCCGUGCACAUUCUCCACCACCAGCGUUUUCGGAAGUAAGUCUUGUCGUUUUUGUGUCCCAUUAAUAUUUCUUGAUUACAUAAUGUAAUUGAUUAUUCUAACCUGAUUCCCUUCAGAAUGACCCCCUCCCUAGAGCCAGUCUCUCAGCGCCAGCUUGUCACGAGUUGGUCAACAAAUUAAAUUCAUCCCCCGAAGGCAUCUCAGGCUCCUUAAGAAGUUCAAACUCCCGGUCAUAG